AUGCCGGCUCUUCGGCUCUCUCCCACCUCUCUCCUGCUGCCAUGUUUGUUCCUGCUGCUCCUCUGGGCUCGUCCCACCCACGCCUUCGGUGCCGGCAACAUUGCCUCCACCGCCGCCAUCGAGGGCCAGAACUGGCGCCAUGGAGAUAUUGAGGACACUCUGCUCAACCUGCUGUGCACCAGCUUGCACGGCGGAAAGAAGUUCAAGAAGAUGGAUGUCAGGCGCGUCUACUUCGGCAAUUGGCUUCGUGACUACUCCCAGGCUGUUGAUGUCGGUGCCCUCAAGAUGGUCAGCGCCGAGGCCGUCAGACUUUUGCUCUGGAUCCUCGGUUUCAUGACCUUUGGUUACGGUACCGGCGAGUUCGAGGUUACCAAGGAGCGUCUUGGAUGCUACCGCCCCGAAGAGCACAUCGAUAACCCCAAGGACUACGCCGACAACCUAGAUGCUCGUGAAUAUGAUGAGAGGCUCCGCGGACCUGUCGACGAAGAAGUCGAACUUGCCGUCGACGAGCGUACUGGUAUGAAGAACUACAUUGCCAACGAGCGCGCUGGCAUCGAGACUUCGGCUGGUCUUGUUCGCCGCCUUUUCGGUCGUUCGAUUGAGCUCUACCGUCGCUACAACCGGUCUGGCGACAAGAAGGACAGAUACGAAGCUUUGAGACUCUUGGGUACUGGCUGCCACUGCUUGGAAGAUUUCCCCGCGCAUUCUAACUUCACCGAGCUGGCUCUUAUCGAGCUGGGCGAACGUGAUGUCUUCCCUCAUGUCGGCCGCCGCACCAAGCAGGAAAUCGAGGGCGUCGAGCACCCCGUUUACCCCCUCAUCACUGGUACUUUCGGUGGUGUUGACUUCCUCCACUCGGUCAUGGGUGAAUUCACCGACAAGGCUGCUCAGUCUGAGGUGUCGGAGCUUGAGGGUGCCAUCAGCGACGCUCAGAAGAACCGUGAGGCUUCGAGCAAGAUCAAGGAACUGCUGGACAAGCUUCCUUCCGGUAUCCUCGGUGGCGGCGAGUCGGGCAAGGCCGACGAGCUCGAGCAGAACGCUACCGCUGCACAGAUGGAGAACAUGGACAUCAACCCUAAGGACCCUGAAGCUUUCGUCGUCCAGAUGGAGCAGCUCAGCAGCCAGAUCAUGCCCAUCCUUGAGUUCCACGACGGCAUCAUGAAGAGCAUCAGCAUCUACAUCGACAAGCUUCCUGUCAUUCCCGAUAUGAUCGAGGAGUUCCAGGACAACCUGAACAUCUUCGUCUUCUCUCUUAUUGCGCCAUUCAUCCUGCCCGUCAUCCAGCAGGUUUCGGCCGAGCUCAAGACUGGCUCCUCCGAGGUCAUCCAGUCGUCCGUGGACCAGCAGCACGUUGUCUUCAACGAUGACCACUCCUCUAACCCCACCCACUCUAUGCUGUCCAAGGACCACUUCAGCAACAUUCUCAACGAGCCCGCUGGCAAGGUUGCUAGCCAGGUUCUGAAGUGGGUUGUCCCUCAGAUCGUUGAAUGCUGGGACAACGAAGACAUCGACGCCGACCGUACCAUUCAGCGCAUCAUCGCGGGCGUCUUCCACCACCCCGCGAAGCGUGAGUAUGGCGAUGACGGUGCUUCGAAGGGCCGUCAGCUCAUGUUCGAGGUGGUCCGUAAAUGGUGGGAGGACCACUCCGAGCGCGAGCAGGACGACCUUCGUGAGAAGCUCUCGCGCGAUGGUGUCGAGAACGGUCUCAACCACAGGGAAGGUGUGCACGACUCUGGCCACGGCUGUGGCAAGCCGAUCGCCAUGCCGAAGAUGGGCUCUUCCAGCGGUGGAGGCGCGCAGAGUGGUGGUGUCAGCCAAGGCGGCGAGCCCUUUGACAGGGUUAGCCAGCUUGCAGGCGAGGCUGUCGGUGGCGGUGCCCUGGGUGGCCUUGUCGGCGGCUUCGUUAACAACGUUGGUUCCUCUCUGCUGGGUGGUGCCUUUGGCGGCAACACCGAGAGGCAGGAGUCCUCCGGCUACGGCGACGACGGCAGCUACAACCGGUCGUACUCCGAGCAGGGCCGCUCGGGCGACAACUAUGGUCAGGCUGAGUACAGCCGCAGCGAGUACCCUGGCGGCCGUGGCCAUCGGGAGGAGUACUCUCGCCAAGAGUCCAGUGGCGGUGGAAACUACGGAGAGUCUCGCUACGAGUCCUCCUACCAGUCCUACGAGUCGUCGGAGUCUAGGUAA